AUGGUUAAAAUUCUUGGUCACGAUAUUAAAGCUCCCGAACCAGAAGAACUAUCAUUUGAAAACGAAAAUGGAACAUAUAAAACGCUUAGUGAUUUUAUUAUGUUACGUAUACUAGUAAACUACGUAUUACAUGAUAAAAAUAUUCACCCUGGUGACAGCCGUGAAGUUUCCAAGAUAGCAUCGAAGGAAUGGAAAAAAAGAACACAGGAGCUAAAAGAUUUUCUAAAAAAUUAUACAAAGAAAGUGAACUUGUAUCGCAAAAAUAAAUUAUUACCUACCUUUCGAACUUUCAAACCAAACGCAAAGAAAGUUCGUUCCUCUAAACGAGCGUUUAAGACUACAGUCCCAUCGAAACAAGUAAGCUCUGGAAGCAUGAUUGUGAAUCAAGCUCGUUCCCCUAAACAAAUGGUUAAUACUACCGACCCUUCUAAGCAAUUAAUCUCUGUAGACAUGAUGCUUAACGGAAUUCCAUUGACUCCUAUGGAACGUCCCGGAACCGGUCAGGCUUUCGAUAUGAUUGAAGGUAAUAAUAACGUAGUCAGUGAUUACUAUGAAGAUUUUGAAGAAUUCAUUGAUGUAGAAAAAAAUAUUGAAGGUGAUAAUAAUGUAGUCAGUGAUGAUUAUAAAGAGUUUGAAGAAUUUAUUGAUGUAGAAAAAAUUUAUG